CUCUCCCCAUGCCCUGCCCAGCCCCCCGCCCCGGCGCGUGGCUGUAAGCGCAUGCGCCAGGCGGCGAAGAUGACGGCCUCCAUGCUGGGCUGGGCGCUGCGGGCCGCUCGGCAGAUAUUCCCCUUGCCCUGUAGAGGGCAAGUGCGGGGUUACUAUGUGGACUGGAGGAUGCUGCGUGAUGUAAAGAGACGGAAGAUGGCUUAUGAAUAUGCAGAUGAGAGGUUGCGGAUCAAUGCUCUCCGAAAAAACAACAUCCUGCCUAAAGAACUGCAGGAAAUAGCUGAUAAAGAGAUUGCUGCCCUGCCACGUGACAGCUGCCCUGUGAGGAUCCGGAAUAGAUGUGUCCUGACAUCCCGUCCACGAGGCGUGAAGCGGCGCUGGAGGCUUAGUCGAAUUGUUUUCCGCCACCUGGCUGACCACAAUCAGAUGUCUGGGAUACAGAGAGCUAUGUGGUAAAUCACCACCAGGACUUGUUUGCUCAGUCAAAAAGAGGCAGACUGGGCCUAGUUCAUGCUUUCCUGUAACUGAAAAAGCAAGACUGUCCUUUUUGUUUAAAGUCCUGCAUAAAUGUAACAGAAACAAGGGGAGGGGAUAGAGAGGAUGCAAACAGCAGUCAUUGCAGUUCUGUCACUGGGAUACCACUGUGAGGGGACUACUGCAAAUCUGAUGGCGAAGAGAUAUGGGUAGGGGCGAGUAGGAAUGCACCAAGCCAGGCUGUGCUAAAGGCAGUUUCAUUUUGCCAUGAAGAGUUGCUACUCUUAUAAAACCAAGCUGGGAUUUGUAAUUAAAAGGAACAUCUAAAUUAAAAACACAUUACAGUACAGACUUGUUCAGUGAUUCCUGUUCACUCUUUACAUUCAGACUGCAAUGACCUCUUUUGCGCAGUUAUCUGGUCAAAAGUAUCACUAAAAACAAGGAAUCACACAAUGUAGCAGGGAAGUAUGCUGCUGUGAAUAUGAAGACAAGCUCCAACUACUGUGGCCAAAUAGCUGAAUGUAUGCCCACCCUCAGUUUAGGUAUUUAGACACUACACCUGUUCAGUUUAUCUAUAUGUUAUGGGCAGAGCACGCAUAGCAGUGGACAAACAUCCCAUCCAGCUGCUACCCUUAUAUGUCCCAGGUUCAGCAUGUCCCUAGCCUCACUUCCAUGUUACAAUUGUUCUGGUAGUAACCCACUUGAUGAGCAAACCCCACAGGAUUUUUGGGCGCUGCAGGGAUCUUUAGCUUAGGUACGAGGAGUGUUGCUGCAGGGCAAAUGAGGAAGCCAAAAAACAUCUGCGGGGGAGGGGGGAAGAGAGAAGCAAACAGCAUAACCAUGAAAGUUAUUUAUUGCCAGGUAAUAACCAUAGGGGAGCCAAACAAAUAAGAGUUAUAAUAUUAAAUCUAACUUAAAUUUGAUUAUAAACGUCAGGUUUAGAUAGGAUAUACCUAGAGAGAGAGAUGGGUUCUCACCACUCUGUGAAGCUUGAAUCGAUUGGGGGUUCCAGGUGGUGGUGGUAGCUGAGUGUCCUGCUGGAGACAGGCAGAGCCCCCAGCACAUGCAGUCAAGA